GGGCGGGCCAAUGAUUGCAUAAUUUUACUCAAAUCAACCAAUCAGAAUGAUCUAAAAAUGACUUUAAUAAUAACAACAACAAAACCGUUAGCCUUGGUUACGUACAAACACACAUUUUAUGAAAAUACAUUAAUUGAAGUGAACUUUUCUCUACAGGUCUGUAAGAAUGAGCCAAGUGAAGUCAGAAGGGAACCAUCAGCCCCUGCAGACCCUGCCACCCACGGCCGUUCCCAGCACAAAAACACCACCACCUUUACCAAGCACCCCUCAGUACUUUGGGGAGUUGCUGCGCUGCACGCGGGUCUAUCAUACCCUCUCUAUGCCAGCCACUGCAGGUGACCUGACUGCCUGCCAGCUGCCUCACCCCAGCUCCAACCUCCCACAGGGGGUGGCAGGGGCCAGCGCUCAAAGCUGCCACAACUCCAUGGAGGAUGCCUUGCAAAAGAGGGAGCUCCGCUUGAUGAAGAACAGGGAGGCCGCCCGGGAGUGCCGGCGAAAGAAGAAGGAAUAUGUCAAGUGCCUCGAAAAUCGCGUGGCCGUGCUCGAAAAACAAAACAAGACUCUGAUUGAGGAGCUCAGAGCCCUGAAAGACAUCUAUCGGCACAAAGCCGAGUGAUCCCCCCCGUCUAGAGGAGGAGCCGGGACUGUGUGUGUGGACUGUGUCGGUGUGCUUCUGUGAGGGUGUCUUGAGGACUCUUGAGGUUUCGCUUUUGCUGACACAUGCUCGCAAACGCACGCAAACACAUACACUCGCACAAAACGCUCCUUGUCCUUUGCUGUUAGUUGUGUUUACAAGAUGAUGUCAAUGUUUCUGGCUCUGAAUUAUCCAUGCGCCACCACCAGCGAAAUAAAAAAAACAAAAAAACAAAAACAAGAAGCCUGUUGCGGGUCGGGGGGUUAUUAUCAGGGAGCAUUAGAAGGGGCUUAUCUCGCUUUGAACAGGGAGGAUUUCAGAGAACGCAGGGGGAGAAGGAUGGAAUAUGUGGAGCGCCUCGAGACUCCCUACGCCUCUCUGUGAAGAUCAGAUGCUGAGGGCCCAGCUGCAGCACCUCAAACAGCACCAACAACUAUGAAAUACUAAAGUAGUAUAUCAUUUAAUAGUCUUUGUGCUGCUCACUUUUUCUAUGGAGGGUUUGUUUGUGUUGCGCCAAAAGCCAAACGUUCAAAGGGAGUUGGGGGUUUGGUGCUUUAAAUAGCAGUGUUUGUGUUUUAUUAUUAUUAUUAUUGUUAUUUAUCAUUCCACCGAAGAAAUCCUGUUGUGAACUACUACCAGGAAUUAGCGCCAACUGUAUUUAUCUCCCAACUGAAUAUGUUUUUAAUGUAGAGACCUACUUGGAUCUCCUUAACUUCUACAUUAAGUCUGAUCCGCUAACCUGUGGCAUACACUUUUUAGAACCCUGCAUUUAUUCAUAGUUUUUAAUACCGGUGUGUUGUUUGUACAGUAGUAUUAAGUAUUUAUCUUAAGAUGAAUGAGUGUAUUUAGUUAACAAAUACUCACAUUUGUGGAAGAAAAAAAAAGUUUGUAUUUGCUGUCUUAACACGGCUGCCUUUUUUCGUUGUCUUUGUAUAUUAGAAGUUAUUUACACAAGGACCGUUUUUGAAAUUCAACAAUUCAAAAUUGGAUGCGGAAUUCCAGCUUUUUAACCAGUCCCUCCUCUGUAUUACCCUAUUUGUCAUCUUGUUAUUUAAAAGUCUUAUGAACUAUUUUCUAAAAUGUAUUUGCUUCAAUAAAGUUCUUGUUCAGUC